AUGGCACGUCCAGCCUUUGUCUCAUCCUUCCCCCUGUUCGCUAUUUUUAAAAAACCAUGUUUGGCUUCGCAGGCUCUCCGAGAUGGUCUUUUCCCCCUUCUUCCUCUUUUUCCAUCUCCCUUCAUCAUGAGUAUUUCACAGCAGAACCCCAAGCACCAUGACGAAGAGGCCAGCCUAACCCGCUCUCCGGCGGACACCGACCUUGGCGACACGUCAAUGGAGAAAUACAAUGCCGACUCAAAGGAGAAGCCCGCGGAGGAAUCGAAGAACGAGGUGCCUCUAAGUCGAAAUAGCAGAUUUUUGAUAUGGACAUUUUUGAAUGUUGUGUCGACGGUUGGAAUCGUGUUCACCAACAAAGCCAUCAUGUCCGAUCCCUCCUUUCGCACUCGCCAAGUCUCCCUCGCCGCAUACCAUUUCUGUAUUACCGGUGUGACGCUUUGGAUAGCCUCGCUCCGAUUCUUCGGUGUUUUCACUCCGAAAUAUGUUAGCUUCUUUCAGAUGGCCCCCAUCGCAGCGGCCAUGGCGAUCCAAGUCGUUCUCCAGAACCUAUCGCUCGCCCAUUCCUCAGUCAUGUUCCAUCAACUUGCGCGACUCCUCCUCACCCCGAAUGUAGCGCUGCUGAACUAUGUUUUGUAUCGGGUGAAAAUCCCUCGUGCCGCUAUCAUACCACUCAUCCUUCUUUGCUCGGGAGUUGCAGUGGUCACAUAUUACGACUCAGUUCCAAAGGCCGAUAACGGGAGCACCACAUCAACCUUAGGUGUGAUUUUCGCACUGACGGCCGUCUGCGCCAGCUCAAUUUAUACGGUGUGGAUAGGAUUCUACCAUAAACGGUUCGAAUUGAGUAGUAUGCAGCUGCUUCUGAACCAGGCACCUAUCAGUGCCGGUAUUCUCCUUUGUUCUAUUCCAUUCGCCGAGACUGCUCCCUCUAUAUCGACUGUGCCGUCGGGUAUAUGGAGCUUGGUCCUAAUGAGUGGGGUUCUUGCAUGUUUUGUAAAUCUUUCCCAGUUUUACAUUGUCGAUGCCGCUGGUGCAGUCAGUGGUGCCGUCAUUGGACAGCUCAAAACUUGCAUUAUUGUAGGCUUGGGCUGGGCGUUGAGCGGUCGAUCUAUACCACGUGAGAGCCUCUUUGGCAUAAUUGUGGCGUUGGUUGGGAUGAGCAUGUACAUGAACACUAUCCUUAGAAGUCAAAGUAGAUAA